CCUCCUCUUCCUCCUGCCAGUGCCCCAGCCCUCGCUCCAGACCUUCCUCGGGUCGCCUGACAGUUAGGAGCAGACAACGGCGCAGUUGCUGGCCAUCUGCGCGCUACCCGAGUCCCUAGCCUCUCUCCUGCGGACCUUGCGUGGUUUGGAUCCAAACGAAGAUCAGCUACUAUGGGAAAAAUCCACUGGAUCUUGGCUCUCUUCAUUGUGACAUGGAGUGAUGUAGGCCUCUGUAAGAAACCAAAGCCAAGACCCGGAGGGGGAUGGAACAGUGGAGGAAGCAGCCGCUACCCAGGCCAGCCUGGUAGUCCCGGAGGCAACCGAUACCCUGGCUGGGGGCACCCUCAGGGAGGUGGCACCAAUUGGGGUCAGCCCCAUCCUGGGGGUUCCAGUUGGGGUCAGCCCCAUCCUGGGGGUUCCAACUGGGGUCAGCCGCAUGGUGGAUCUAACUGGGGUCAGAGUGGUAGCAACAAGUGGAAACCAGAUAAACCCAAAACCAACCUAAAACACGUGGCUGGGGCAGCUGCUGCUGGGGCAGUUGUGGGAGGGCUUGGUGGCUACAUGCUGGGCAGUGCCAUGAGCAGGCCCGUCAUACACUUUGGCAAUGACUAUGAAGACCGCUACUAUCGUGAAAAUCAGUACCGCUACCCCAACCAAGUCAUGUACCGGCCCAUUGACCAGUACAGCAACCAGAACAAUUUUGUGCACGACUGCGUCAACAUCACAGUGAAGCAACACACCACCACCACCACCACCAAGGGGGAGAACUUCACGGAAACUGAUAUCAAGAUUAUGGAGCGCGUGGUUGAGCAGAUGUGCAUCACGCAGUAUCAGAAUGAAUAUCGCGCUGCCCAGCAAGGCUACUACUACAACAUGGCAUUCUUCUCUGCCCCGCCAGUGACCCUUCUCUUCCUCAGCUUCCUUAUUUUCCUGAUUGUGAGCUAAAAAGCCUUCCAAUGUUUACUCUCUUAAUGUUUAUUCUCUUAAUCUUUGCAGAGAAGGAAAUCCUUCAGUCUGCAAGGGCAGCCCAAAUAGCAGCAGUUUUUCAUUUCUAUGUUUGUCUGUCACCCAUAAGUUAAGGCCCUUAUCACUCAUGAGCCCUGGGGAAUGUACAGUAGAUUCCAGAUGCCUGGCCACCGCUCUCCCUCCAAACCAUUUUGAUCAUGCAUCUGUCAGAUCAAUGCUGCCUUUGACAGUGUCCCUUCCAAGGGAGGAGAUCACUGGGUAACUUCUGGUCCAUCGAGAGACUUCAGUAGUGUAGCAACUUGAGGCCAAAAUAGAAAUUAUUUCAAAACCUAUUUUCUGAAUAGACACAACCAUGGGUCCUUUUGCUUGCUGAAACGUCACCUAAAUGUUCCUCCCCCUGCUUGAAGUUCAUUAAAUUAGUAGAUAAGGAAGUAGCAAACUCACACUAGUUACAAAGCCCCAUUUCUUCUUUGUCUUAUCAGCUGUGAUAUCAUAGCCAGUUAGAUGUUUUUAGGGAACUCAUUCAUACAUUUCAAUUGACCCUGAUGCAUUUUCCUCUUCAAACAAUUUUCAUCAUUUGGAAAAAGACUGGAGACUGUCUAGGCAAACCAUAGAAAUCACCCAACCACGUGGGUCCGGGCUCUAGCUGCCAAACCAGGCGCAGCUAUUGCUACGCAGUACUAUGACUACUCUCUUGGAUUUUAUAAUGGGACACACUCAGCAGAGGCUGCACCAAAAGUAUAUCCGGCCCAGGGGCCGGUCUAUCUGUCAGCGAUGGAAUGAGCAUCAUCGUGUGAGCUGUGUCCUGCGCUAAGGAGACUGUUCUGGGUAACCCAUAAUUUGGAAAGUAGUGUUACUUUGGGUGAGCUUUGUCGUCAUCUCAGACCAUUUUGGUAUGUACAUAUUGUUCAAACUCAGUAUAACCCAUGUCUACCAGUGCAUCCCACCCAAGAACAUGAAAGUGCAAAGCAGAUACUCCCAGAUGACUAAGGAAGCCCUCUCCAAUGCUAGCCAAUAACAAAGGCCGGCAGCACGUUGGAUGGGUCGAUUUGCCUGCAAGCCCACAGAGAAGGCAGCAUUGACAGGGUUAAGGCAGGGGUUGAUUAGCCCAGAGGAACCAGCAAGUGGUUAAAGUGUGCUUUGUCUUUUAGGAUUUAAGGAGACAGUUUGGUGGAUUUAUAAACAGAAGAAGCACUUGUAGCUUUUUUGUUUCCUGUCUCAAGAUAAAGCAGCAACUAUACUGGAUGAAUACUUAAAAGUCAGAUUUUAAGAAUCCUUCAGAUGGUAGAAUUGGAAGAAAUUAGCCUUUUUGAAAAUUUUAAUCCAGUCCCCAAAAACAGUAUCUCAGAAAAGGGUGGGAGAGGGGGGAGAAGACAGGGAGAUGAUCUGUCUAAAUGAUUUUUGAGUUGUAAAAAAAGUUGUUCUCACAGAAUAAAUUAUUAGGUUUUCAUCGUCACUAUUCUGCAAUGUGAUUGGCUUGCAAUGUAAAGGUUAGUCUUUGUAAUCAGUAAAUAUUGGAUGUGAUAAACUAGAAAUUCUGCUCAGAGCAAUUAUCACCCAGAGUAGUGCCCAGUGUAUUAUGUGUCUUUCCAAGGUUCCAAAUCCCUCUUCCAUGAAAAAAAGUAUCCUGAGGCUUUCAGCACCAUGUGCUGAAUGGACUCCUGCACGAGUCCACAAGGCACAGGGGAAAGUGGUCUUUGAAAUUUGCAUGCACUUAGCAAUGUGAGGACAUUUUAUAGAUUUGUAACUUCGCACGUACUUGUUUUGAUGUAUUAAAAUUUAUAAAUGUUUAAUAUCUGACUAAAAAUUAAACAGGCCACAGAUGAAGUGAG